AGGGUGCUUUAUCAGUGCAAGCCAGCUGUGACUUCAUACACGCUCAUGCCUCUGAGUGACUUAGUAGCACAGUCUCACCAACCACUCCUGCCACGAACAAACGCAAAGAGUUGACAGUAAGGAUGAGGGGGUUCCUGCCAUGUGUGACCCCACUACUGGGUCUUCUCAUCUUGUUGACCCCAGGGAGGGUUCAAGGGUCAUCAAGCUGUCCCCUGUACUGCUCCUGUCAUGGUGCUCAGGUAGACUGCAGCAGCCGUGCCCUCACCACCUCUUCCUUACCCUCCCGCUUCCCUCCUGCCACCACCGAGCUCCGUCUCCAUGACAACCAGCUGACCACUCUCCCAAACAGCCUUCUGGACUUCCUCUCCUCCCUCCACUCCGUGUCGCUCCAUGGAAACCCCUGGGCCUGUGACUGCGGUGUGCUCUACCUGCGUGCCUGGCUGCUCCGACAACCUGCCAGCUACACCAGCCACAGCAACAUCACCUGCAGUUCCCCUCCCCACCUGCGAGGGACGCUGGUGGUCUACCUGGCUGAGGAGGAGGUGCUGGAGUCCUGUCACUACUGGUACUGUGACUUGGCACUGGCCUCCCAGGUGUGUUUGUUUGUGUUUGUGGCGGUGCAGGCGGGGCUGCUAGCUGCUGUGGUCGUGUUCCUGAGGAGGUUUGAGAGCCUGUCCCGCGAGGCCCGGUGGCCCACAGAGGAGAGCUUUGCUGGGGGGGAGGGGCUUACGACUAAUGAGUAUAGUGAGCAUGAGCCCAUGAAGGAAAGCAUCAUCUGACGAGGGGAGGGGAGGGGAGGGAAGGGCCAGGUAGGCAAGGAGAGAAAAGAGGGAGAGGAGACACUUGAAGGGGACAAGCUGGUGAGCAAUAAAAUGAUGGAGCCCUUUCAGGUCUGUGGUAAGAAAAGAAUGAGGAUGAGGAGAAAAGGGCUUGUUUGAUUCACUGGAAACAGGAGAUUCCAGAGAAACUCGCAGGACAAGAAAUUAGGCUAAAUCGAAGUGGUUCUGCAUCUAUUUUCAGAGACUUCUUGCAAUGUGUUUGUUGGUUACAUCAGUCAAUAACACUGUUAUAAUAAUAUAUCAUGCUAUGAAUCAAUAGUACAUAGAAUAUAACAUUUAAUUUACAUUUAAUAAUGCUGUUUUGUGUCAUUGUUUUAAAGCUGCUAUUUAUCAUUUAUUUAGAUAGCAAUAAUAAAACAAACAAUUGUAAAUGGGUGCAUUUUUAAAGGUUUCGGAUGUAUAUAUACUUAACAAAAAUAUAAACGCGACAUGCAACAAUUUCAAAGAUUUUAUUGAGUUAUAGUUCAUAAAAGGCUAGGAAUACAGAUAUGCAUAUGUUGGUCACGGAUACCUUUAAAAAAAGAUCAGAAAACCAGUCAGUGUCUGGUGUGACCACCAUUUGCCUCAUGGAGCGCAACACAUCUCCUCCGCAUAGAGUUGAUCCAGCUGUUGAUUGUGUCCAGUAGCAUGUUGUCCCACUCCUCUUCAAUGGUUGUGAAAACUUUCUGGAUAUUGGCGGUAACUGGAACAUGCUGUUGUACACGUCGAUCCAGAGCAUCCCAAACAUGCUCAAUGGUGCAAUGUCUGAUGAGUAUGCAGGCCAUGGAGGAACUGGAACAUUUUUAGCUUCCAGGAAUUGUGUACAGAUCCUUGCGACAUGGAGCCGUGCAUUAUCAUGCUGAAACAUGGUGAUGACGGCGGAUGAAAGGCACGACAAUGGGCCUCAGGAUCUCAUUAAGGUAUCUCUGCAUUCAAAUUGGCAUUGAUAAAAUGCAAUUUUGUUCAUUGUCCAUAGUUUAUGACUGCCCUUUCCAUAACCCCACCGCCACUAUGGGGCACUCUGUUUACAACGUUGACAUUAGCAAACUGCUCGCCCACACAACACCAUACAUGGUCUAUGGUUGUGAGGCCGGUUGGACGUACUGCCAAAAUCUCUAAAACGACAUUGGAGAUGGCUUAUGGUAGAGAAAUUAACAUAACACUUUCUGGCAACAGCUCUGGUGGACUUUCCUCCAGUCAGCAUACCAAUUGCACGCUCCCGCAAAACUUGAGAUUGUGUUGUGUUACAAAACUGCACAUUUUAGAGUGGCCUUUUAAUGUUUACAGCACAAGGUGCAUCUGUGUAAUGAUCAUGCUGUUUAAUCAGCUUUUGAUAUUCCACACCUGUCAGGGGGAUGGAUUAUCCUGGCAAAGGAGAAAUGCUCACUAACAGGGAUGUAAACAAAUUUAUGCCCAACGUUUGAGAGAAAUAAGCUUUUUGUGUGUAUGGAAAAUUUCACUUAUCUUUUAUUUCAGAUCAUGAAACAUGGGACCAACACUUUACAUGUUGCGUUUAUGUUUUUGUUCAGUGUAAUUACAAUAUGAUGGUGAAUCAGCACAAUUUAUAUUUACUUGUAAUACAUGUUUGUGUUUAUGUACUUUGAUACAGCACGUUAGCUGUUGGCUAUUUUCUAUAUUUUAUUUGGAGGUUUUCAUUAUAUAACAUUCCUAAUCCAGCCCAUUAAAAAUGAGUUUUCAUUCCA